UUUGUCAUAGCAUAUACGAAGAAUAUGUUGGAGAAAAGAGAAAAUUAAACAUGAAGAAUCUAAAAAGUGGACUUGAUCAGAAAAAAUAGUUUUUUUUUUAAAGAAAAUAAGGUGUACAAAAAGAGAUCGAAUCAGUUACAAAGGCAACAUUGGUUGUUAGUUCGCUCAUCGCUAAACGAAUGAAACCAUUUGUCGAGUUCAUGAAAGAAUGCAUAUUAGCCAUUGUCAACGAAGUUUGUCCUGAGAAGAAACUCGUGUUUGACAGUAUAUCUGCCAGAACAGUUGCCCGCAAAGUGGGAGUUAUCUCUGAAAAUCCUAAAUUGCAACUCAAAAACUAGCUGCUGUUAACGCUGGUUUGUGUGUUUUUGCUGGUCUGUUUUAUAUAUAUCUGGUUUUUCAAAGAAAUCAACAUACAAACAUUCAACGACCGUACAGGAUAUUCAGCUUAUGCUAAUUUCAAGCAGACAUGUAUGUGCUGGUAUUCUGAUAUUAAAACUGUAGACUGUCAGACUGCAAAGUAAUUAUGCAUGGUGUCGACGGUUUCAUUUUGUGAUGAUUAAUAGACCAUAUGGUAGUAAAAUUUCUGAUAAUUGGAAAUAAUAUUAUCCUUUAAUCAAGGUUUACAUUUGCCGCUAAAGAUCUUCUGUUUAUCGCAACAUCACAAAAUAAACAUUCAAUUAACAGCGGAAUUGACAUUUGUUUAGGUCAUUGAAGUAGGCUGCAGGCUCGCAUUUAUAUUGCAUUUUCAUUUAAAUCCGAUGUAUACGACUGACAUUUUUCAAUAUUUGCACCAAAGAGUGAGUUAUAUCAUAAAACCCCUUUCAUGUUAUUAGCGCUCGAUUGCGCAAUUUUUGUAAAUUUUGAUUCCGUAUUUUGCCAAAUGGCUAUAUGUUCCAGAACUAAUAACGUUUUGGGGAUAUAGCAAGUUAUUGGGUUGACAUCAUUUUUAUCACAGAGCAGAUUUUGAUUUAUACAUAUCUGCAUUUAUCUAUACUGUAUAUACAGAUAUAUAUACUACAGAUAUCUAUCUAUAGUAUAGUGUAUUCAAUUUAAUACCGGAACGAUGAAACCCGACUCCAUUCUGGUCCAUAAGAUCGAAAACCUGUAGCUCUGCAUAGGUAAUCAUCGAAUCUCUAUCUGGAGGAUUUCCUGAUGAUUAUUAAGCAUCCGCGACAAGUGCUAUUUCCUUUCUUAUUGUUAAGAUUUAUUGUAAUCGUAUCACUCCGAGUAAUAGCUGCAACCAAGGUAUAGUAGAGAUAGCAAUAUCUAGUAGAAGAUUUAUAUACCAGUAACUAAAAGAAUAUUAGUAAAAGAUAGAAUGAGAUUCUAAUUUCUAACUACCUGAAGGAGAUACCGCAAACAGUACUUUUUACCGUUACACAUUAUUAUAAUUUUUUUAUGAUUAACUAUAUUGCCCCUUUCACUUCAUUAAUUUAAAAUUCUGUUUUAUCAUUUCAGAAAGUAUACAAUGUCACAGCGAUUGCUUUCCAGCGAUCGCUUUAUUUUUGGGAUUGUAGUUAUUUGUCUAUCCUCGUACUUCCUUUAUCUAUCUUAUAGUCCUCCUGCUAUUUCGAAACUUGUAUUCAAUGAAAAUCACACAGAGAAUCAAACAAUGAAGUUGAAAUACAAUCAUCUGUUUUGUGAAAACAUCUUGUAUAAUUUGAGCAAUGGUCAGUGGGUGAAAAAGAUCUAUAGUUUUAAUAAAAAUGAGCAAGAAUAUGAGAAAUUACUAAAUGAAGAACAAAAAUUGGAUUCCUAUUUAGCUGAAUUUCGCAUUAAACGAGGAAUACAUACACGAUUAUGGAGAGAUGAUAACAAGUGUGGAUUUAAUAAUGUUCAGUCAAAGCCGGAAGGAAAUGCGUGGGCAGCUCCAGCUGGAAGUUGGUGCGAUGCAAAAAGUGAAAAACCCUGUUGCAGCGACAUAUAUGAUGGUCAAUGUGGGAACAUUUGUGACUGCUCCGGUUGCGUCGAUACCAGGAAGAUAUAUCACGCUGAAAUAAGUGAUUGGAUUCCAUUUGAUUCUUCAUGUCGACGAAGGAACUACACAGCAGCCCAAGCUUGUGAAGUUGUCAAUCGAUUCUCUCAAAUAUAUUUUGUUGGUGAUUCUUUUGUGAGAAAAAUGUCACGAGGUUUUAUUUUGACCCUAAGGUCCGAUCCAACGUAUGGAUUUUUACUGGAACGCUACGAUGAUAAGUUCAAGGAAUUAUGUGUAGGUGUUGAUCAAUUCUACUGGACAGAAUGCAGAACAGGUGGCGGAAAUAUACUAGACAUGCUCGUUGACAAAACUCCGUUUUGUGGACCUCGUACGCCACUUAUUAGUAUAAAUGAAUAUAUAAAUCACGCUUCUGCAAAUGACUUUUUAAGUUUGGUAAAAAAGUUAGCAGGAAAAGUGGGUUCAGUUAUUCUACUUGGUCAGGGUGGACACGACGGCUGUAAAUCUAAAGUGACGAUUAACAAGUUUUUGAGUGCAGCAAUCGAUUAUUUGGAAGACUAUUACAAGAAUUCUGACAAAAUUAAUACUCAGUUCGGAAAUUUUAUAAAGGUGAGGCGAUGGCCACAUAUCAUUUUUAUGUACCCUGACUCCAAUGGAAUAUUAAAACCAAAAGCAUAUCAUGCGGCAAACGGUAAUAUUGUUUGUAAACAAUUUUCCAAGGAAAUGAAAGUGUAUUGCGAUGCUCAUAAUAUUCCUGUACUUGAUUUUUACAGUCUUACAUCAGGAGUUCAUAGUUAUGAUGGAGCACAUCACGGUCUAGGAGCAAAUAUUAUGAAAGUACAACUUUUACUCAAUUACCUUGAUUACAUAUCACAGUAGCACAAUUGAACUACUUAUCUUGUAAUAUCUUAAUUUGUAUGAUCAUAAUAUUUGAUUAUAGUCUUUUUAGCUUCCUUUUUUGAGAGGAUACACCAUGUUUUUGGUCUAGGUAUUGACUCUUUAUCAACACGUUUAUGCAAUGUACCAAGUGGUUCAAAAGCUGUGCCAAUUUGGUAUUGUGUACUGAAGUGAACCACCUUAUUAUAAUGUCUGUACACUCAUUUGUACAUAUUUUGUAGAAAACUGUGUUUCAAUUAGAUUUACUGCAAGACGAUUUUAAUAUUGUUGUCAGUGAUAUCAUAAACAUUUUUAAUAUAUUCAUUCACUAUCUUCCUAAGAAAAUAGAGAAACACGUUUACCAACUUGCUUUGCGUAUCUGGUGAAUAAAACAUAACAGCAUAGUUAACACAUUAAUCAGCUGUUAAACUAUUUCGUCGGUGUAAAGUAUGUAUAGCAUCUCAUUUAUGUGUCUCAGAUUUUUUCAGGAAAUUCUGAAAAAUCUUUUCUCACACGUACACAUACAUACAGAUGUAUAAAUAUAUAUAUAUAGACAAUAACAGACUCAAAAAAUCUUAUCAACGCUCCUAAAAAAUUUGGUAAAACUUGUAAUAUGUUGAAUAAGAUUCGUUUUUAUAUCAUUGUAUCUGUAGUAACGUGUUUAUACUCAUGUUGCUGUUUUCCUGCCUGUGUGACUCAUUUUCCUGUCACCGGAUACGCACCGUGGCCUAUUUUCGAAUCACCCGUAAUCUAAUCACGCUUAUUUAAAAGCAAUUGUACAUAUUAUAUAUAUGUGUUUAUUAUAUUAUGUUGUUUUAAUAAACGCGAAAGUAUGUCAUAUAUCCAACCAUAUAUACUUGAUUGUUAGUUUUGUCGUUUUCAUAGCCGUCUCGGGGAAUGAUUUGUAUGUUUUAAGGUGUUACGAUUCGAGAA